UUUGAAAAUGUCGAAACUGAGUUACAAAACGGCGUGUGAAUUUGGAAGUUCUCUAUUCGAUCUCUACAUCAAAGACUCAAAAGAUGCCAACACAGCAAUUUCCCCUAUUAGUGUUUUUGUUUGUAUGUCAAUGCUAAAACAUGGAGCAGGCGGUCAAACGAAAGCUGAACUGGAGAAAGCGCUUUGUAUCGAUGCUGGUAGUGACGGGAAAGAAGCUGAGAACAUUAUCGGAAGUCUGAAGAAAUCGGCGGAUCAAAAGUUCACUUUAACAACGGCUAAUGGACUGUUCCUGCAGCUAUGCUUCGAACCCGUCCCCGAUUUUGUUCAACUUCUGAAGUCGAAAUUCAACGCUCAUGUUCAAACUGUGGAAUUUGGGUGCAAGCAAGGCGAAAAAAUUGUCAAUGACUGGGUUGAAAAGCAAACGAAUGGAAAGAUAAAGGACUUGGUUCAAAAUACAACGCCAGACACUGUUUUGGCCCUGAUCAAUGCAGUAUACUUGAAGGGGAAAUGGCUCAGGCCAUUCAAGCCUGCAAAGACCGAUGAACUAGAUUUUGAUGUUUCCAAAGAAAAAAAGGUGAAGGCUAAAUUCAUGCGACAAGAAGCUCGAUUUGAUUACGUGGAAAAUAAGGAAGAGCUGUUUGCAAUGGCAUUUUUGCCAUAUGAGAGCGAGUCUAAGAACUCUGCGUGGGAAAUGGGUAUUCUGCUUCCCGAAAAAGGAUCCAACCCCGCAGACUUCCUGAAGUUUUUGCAACAUGACAGUUUGAAAAGCUUGAGGUCAAAAGCGAACGAGCAAUUGCUGGAUUUGAUGUUACCAAAGUGUAAAAUUGAAUCGAGUAUAGAUUUAAUUCCGAUUUUGAAAACAUUGGGAGUCAAGGAAGCGUUCACCAUGGGAGCCAAUUUCUCUGGCAUCAGUGGCAACGAAGCGACAAUGGUCAGUGCUAUCUUGCAGAAGUGCUUUGUGGAUAUAGACGAAGAAGGGACGGAGGCAGCAGCUGCCACGGUGGUGAUGAUGAUGCGAUGUGCCAUGAUGCGGACCGAGGAACCGACCAGAUUCCAUGUGACAUCUCCUUAUGUGUACUUCAUGCAUCAGCCUUCAACUGGCAUUGUGCUAUUCAGUGGGGUGGUACAUGACCCCAGUGCUUGAAAUGCUUACAAAAGUCUAAUUGCUAUCAACUAUUUUAUACCUAAUUAAGAGCCGAUAAACGUAGUUUUUUUGUAAAAGUCUUACCUAUUGAUCCAGUUUUCUCAAGUUGGGUUUGUUUAAUCAAAAAAGUAUCAAUAAUAAAUUGUUCUAAAAAUUCAAAGAGCAUUUUUUCAAAAUUCGAAACUUGGGAUAUUUUCAAUAAAUGAUUCAUUUUUUUUCUGUUUACUUGCGUUCAUUGAAUCUUUUCCAACUGUCUGUUGGCUAUGUUUUUUAUUUACUGUUCGUCUUAGUAAAUGAAGGCUGCCUAGAUAAUCCUAGUAAACACAAUGGAUAGUUUAAAUUGAUAAUUCUUGUCGAAAAGACUAUUUCAAGUUAAAUUAAUUCGGUAAAAUAAAUUAUCAAUCAGUAUUUCAGUUUUGGAAAUUCAAAGAAAUAAUAUAAUUUUAUAUCUAUCUUAUCUUAAUAUAUGUUAAAAACGCUGCACAGAUUUAUAUUUGAAUACAAUUGCUUUAAAUCUCAGUCAUAUCAUUUUAAAUUUUCUCAAUCUUAUCAUGAAAUAUUUUAUUUAAUUAAGCUUAAUGGAUCUUGGUUUUAGUUGAAUUAGCUGAGAUAGGUCUAUAAAUUGCGGUAGAACAUUUGAGUCUAGGCCAGCCCUUUAGCUUCUUUCGAUCUCAGAUAGUGUUUGUUGGUAGCUCAAAUGCCGGAAUAUUCUAUACCUUUGCAGUUGAAGCUCUCAAAAGUUAGAA